AUGCAAGCAGUCAGCCGGACACCGUGUCCAUCGCCUCACGAACGUCUCAGAACACCGCCGACAGCGACAAGUAUUUUCUUAAAGGAACUGGAGAACUACGAACAGCUUCCUGAAGACGUUGGACACUGCUUUGUUACCUGGGCUGACAAGUUCCACAUGUAUGUGACGUACUGCAGGAACAAACCAGACUCCAGUUUACUGAUCCAACAGCAUGGCGUGGCUUUCUUUGAGGAAGUCCAGAGGAGACACGGUCUGGCCAACUCCAUCUCCUCAGCUCUAAUUAAGCCGGUCCAGAGGAUCACCAAGUACCAGCUGCUGCUAAAGGAGCUGCUGGCCUGCUGUGAAGAAGGGAAAGGAGAGAUAAAGGAAGGCCUGGAUGUCAUGCUGAGUGUCCCAAAGAGAGCAAACGACGCCAUGCAUGUUAGCAUGUUGGAAGGUCUGGAGGAGGGUUUGGAGGUCCAGGGAGAGCUCCUCCUGCAGGACACCUUCCUGGUCUGGGAGCCCAAGUCUCUGAUAAGAAAGGGGCGGGACCGACACCUCUUCCUGUUUGAGCUGUCACUCAUCUUCAGCAAGGAGAUCAAGGACUCAUCUGGAAGGACCAAAUACCUGUACAAGAGCAGACUGAGG